GUGCCGCGAAUUUACAUACAAUGUGUUAAGUAUAAAUAGUUGUUCACGGAGUUGCACCGCACAAAACAGUGUGUGUCACUGGCAAAGUUUGUCAUAGAUCAAGUUAUAGGACGUGAACAGCCAUGGAUUACGCGGGGGUUCUGAUUCUCCUAACAAUUUUCGUCUUCGCCGAUGGAGCUGCGGUAGUUGAAGCUAAAUCACGAGAUGAGCAUGUCUCCGACGAUGCAACUCCAGUAGUUGAAGUUAACUUACGAGGUGCGGAAAUAGUUGAACUAGGUAGGAGAGUAGAGAAUACAAGGAACUGCACCUGCAUGAACUGGAGAUCCUGUCAUGGAGACAUAAAUUCCGAUGUCGACUGUUUCCAAAGUUAUUUACAAGUUUGCUGUGUUCUGCCCGAUCCACACAACGCGACGCCCCACAAGGCCGAAGGGGAUGCUGGCAGGGACAAUAUUGUGGAGGAGUACAACCCCCACGAGGAAAUCAAAGUCAUAUACGCUUAAGUUAACGAUAAGUUAUGGUUUUUUAAUGCAAUAUAGUUAAGGUAGAAUAAAAGAUUUAAAUUUA